AUGGAUCAAAGUACUCGCAAAAAUGGUGUCUCUCGGGUAUCAAAACCUCAAAAAGUUAAAACUCCACCUACACCAAAGCCGAAACCUCCUAAACUUUCCACGGCUCCUUCGAAUAAAAUUAAUAAUGAGCCAAAUUCAUCAUCCACUCCUAAACAAUUGAAUUCCAAUACAACAGUGAUUCGUGGACCAAAUAUCAAUAGGCUGUCAAGCGUUUUUGAAGAUCCAAAUAUAACAGCGGAUCAGACGAUUAUCAAAUCCCGUGUUGCCCCAUCGCUUCCUUUAUCACCAAAGUUGCCUGUGCCUAUGGUUAAGAAAACUUAUAUAAAAAAAUCUGUCUCACGUGACAAUAUUACAAGUGAUAAAAAGAUGAAUAUCGAUGAAUCUUCAUUAAUAUUUGGUGAUUUAAAAGCGAAAUUUCAAGCUAACGAAGGUGAUGGUGCGAUUCCUACUCAAAUCAACAAAUUUGUCGGUAAUCGUCCUAUUAUAUCGUCAAAAAACCCUGAUGAAAGAGUAAGUACACCUACUAACCUGCCCAAACAUGCAAAUAAUAUAAAUAUUAAAGCACCUGAAAGGUCAAGGUCAUCCGUUAUAACUUCAACAAUUGAAGAAUCAGAUGUAAGCGAAGAUAGUGUUGAUUUUGAUUGGAUUGAUAUACCAUAUAUUAAUCAGGUACUAGAAAUGAAUGAAAGAAAUAGUUUGAAUGGUUCAGGGACUGCGUCACAACAAACGACAUUAAAUUCUUCAACUAAUAAAAAAUCUGGGAGAAAUAGUUCACAUAGUGCUCAAUCUUCAAAAAGAAACUCUAUUAUUGUACCCUCAAAUGAUUUUGAAGCAAAGAGAGCUAGUAUUGCGAAUUUACUUUCUGGGUCUUCUCAAAUUUUAGUAAGACCUAAGGAUUUACACUUAGAAACUUCAAAAGCUUUACCUCCGAUACCAAUAUCUCCUUCACAGUCUCCAUCUUUAAAAGUUACAUCCCCUCUUUCAGACACAGAUGGUAGACCUAAAAGUGAAAUUUCAUUGCCAAGUUUUUCAAGUGAAACAACACUUGUUGAAGAGGAUGAAAAUUCAAUUGAUCUGAAAAGGCGCAGAAAGUUGUGGAAUGUAAUAAAAGAGUUAGUAGAAACCGAACGGGUUUUCUUUAACGAUAUGGUACUUUUGGAAAAGGUGUAUUAUAUACAAGCACAAGAAGUUCCUAUAUUCAACCAAUAUGAUUGUAAAACAAUAUUUAGCAAUCUUGCGGAAAUAAUAGACUUUUCCGAGCAAUUUUUAGCCUUAUUACGAGCAGCUAGUGGAAUUGGGGAGGAUGAUGAUGACCCUGAAAAACAUUAUGAACUGGAGAAUGAUGAUACUACUAUCGGAGAGGCGUUUGCACAAGUGAUGGAAAAGUGCCAGGGUGAGGAUAGCAGGUUAGAAGCAGUUUAUGGAGAAUAUUGCAAACGACAUGAGGCAGCUGUUCAAAAACUUCAAGAAUUCGACAGUGAUGAAACAGUUCAAGGGUUUUUACAGCGAUGUAAGAGUCAAUGCGAGGGUCAAACGAGAAGUUGGGAUAUUGCAAGUCUUUUAAUCAAGCCUGUGCAACGUGUAUUGAAAUAUCCACUUCUAUUGCAACAAAUUUUAUCACUUACAAAACCUUCACACUCAGAUUAUAAGAAUCUUCAAUUUGCUUUUUCAGAAAUUACAAAAGUUGCCGAACGUAUUAAUGAAAUAAAAAGGCGCAAAGAUAUAGUUGAAAAAAUUGUAGGCAGUAAAAAAAAAGCCGAUGCAGAUGUGAGUGUUUUUCUCGAGCAUGGUAUAACGAAAUCAUUUACAAGAAGAGGUCAAAUGAUAAAGCAUGCUACUGGUAUUGCAAAACCCACUGAGGAUGAGCUUUAUAAUGCUUAUGUGGCCAAAUUUAGGACUUUAGAACAAAAAGGAAUUCAAUUAUCUAAGGACAUAAAAAAUUGGGUAAAACAGGUUAAAAUAUUUUUUGAAGACCAACAACGCUUAGCAGCUGCAAUCGAGGACUUUUAUUUAUUCGGGGAUGCCGAUAAUAAAAGCUCUGAUGAUUGUAAGAGAGUUGUUGAAUAUGUAAAGAUUAUCAAAAGCUUUUCAUUAUCUAGUGGAAAAGAAAUGGAAGAAACAAUCAAGAAAACAAUAUAUCCUGAAAUUGAUAAAAUUCUGAAUUACUUUAAAGCACCCGCAGCCGUAAUGAAGAAACGAGAAAGAAAAAUUUUGGAUUACGACCGAGCCAAUUCUAUUAAAGCUAGGGGUGCAACACCUGACAAAUCACUCCAACAAUCCGCAGAUGCUUUCGUAUCGAUUUCAGAUCAGCUACAUGAAGAACUACCAUCAUUUUUCGUCUUUAUAACUGAAUAUUUUGAUAUAAUUGUGCAAGAAUUUAUUAAAAUUCAGUCAAAAUUUUACAAGCAAAUGGAUAUGGAUUUUCGAUUAUAUUUUUAUAAAUUUAUUGACUUACAAGCUCUACAGAAUAUAUCGGAUGACAGAGAAUUAGUUCUAAGGAAUAUAGAUAUAACCACCGAAUAUACGGAUUAUUUCCAUGGUUCAUUGGGAAUGGAAGAUCGAUUAAUUGAAUUGGGUAUUUUGAAUAAGCAAACAUUUUCAGAUCUUACUGAUGGUAUAGGAAGACCCAAGAAUGAUCGAAGAUCUAGUUUUUCAGAAUCACUUGGAUCUUCAGGAUCAUCAAAGCAAGCUGAAGAUUCAUUAAAUCAAAUAGAGCGGUCGCCAUCAUGGUAUUCGGAUCAGUCACUAAAUAACAGAAUACAAAACUCUUUCGGACUUGAUGAUUUAGCUUAUGAGAACCGUUCUAAGAACUCUUUAGAUGAUAGUUUUAAUUUUCAAGAUAUUAAAAAUAAAUCGCAACAGCGAUAUAGCGCUCACAAAAAAUAUGCUACCGAUGGUGUUAUAGAUCAUCGAUCAUUAGAAGAAGAGGACGAUGAUAUAUUUCAUGAUACAUUGACUGGUGAAGAGGAUGAUGAAGCCUUAUUUUUAUGUCAAACUAUUCAUACAAAUAAAUCGAAGGAAAAAAAUGAAUUAAACUUUAAACCAGGAGUGUUGCUUAAAAUUAUACAUAUUGAUGAGAGUGGUGAGUGGUGGUUUGCGGUUAAUGAGGAUACUGGCGAUAGGGGUUGGGUAGAUCCGGCAUUUGUUGAAAGGAUUGGCUGA